GAAGGACACAAAGAAAGUAAAGGUGAAUCCCAGGCAUGAGUUUUCCAGGGGGCAGCGGGAACUUCCCCGCCCCCCUCGGCCCCCAGGUGCGCUCCGCGCCGCCCACCGGCGCGGAGCAGGGGAGCCGCGCUAGGACCCGAGGAGGAAGCGCCGCAGGGAACCGGACGCGGCCUGCGGCGGGUGCUGCCGCGAGCGGCCAGCCGAGCGGCUGGAAAUGAAAGUGCAGCGCUCCGGAGCCACAUGGACGGAGCUGCCGGGGCGGCGGCGCCGGGAGCAGGAUGCUGCCGCCCGUAAUUAAAUAGCAUUUACUCUUAUUAUUACUAAUAAUAAUAACGUAAUCAUACCUCUAGUCAUAGCAUACCAUUUAUCGGGCUCGGCGCAGGCCCGCGGGGAGCGCAGCCCGGCCGAGAGACUGAUGGAGAGGCAGAGACGGAAGGCGGACAUCGAGAAGGGGCUGCAGUUCAUUCAGUCGACACUACCCCUGAAGCAAGAAGAAUAUGAGGCCUUUCUGCUCAAGCUGGUGCAGAACCUGUUUGCCGAGGGCAAUGACCUGUUCCGGGAGAAGGACCACAAGCAGGCCCUGGUGCAGUACAUGGAAGGGCUGAAUGUGGCCGACUACGCCGCCUCCGACCAGGUGGCCCUGCCCCGGGAGCUGCUGUGCAAGCUGCAUGUCAACAGGGCUGCCUGCUACUUCGCCAUGGGCCUGUACGAGAAGGCGCUGGAGGACAGCGAGAAGGCACUGGGUCUGGACUGCGAGAACAUCCGGGCACUGUUCCGCAAGGCGCGUGCCCUCAACGAGCUGGGACGCCACAAGGAGGCCUACGAGUGCAGCAGCCGCUGCUCGCUCGCCCUGCCCCACGACGAGAGUGUGACGCAGCUGGGUCAGGAGCUGGCCCAGAAGCUCGGGCUGCGCGUCCGGAAGGCGUACAAGAGGCCCCAGGAAUUGGAAACCUUUUCUCUGCUCAGUAACGGCACUGCAGCUGGUGUGGCAGAUCAGGGAACUUCCGAUGGAUGGGGGUCCAUAGACGACAUCGAAACAGACUGCUACGUGGACCUUCGAGGCUCCCCGGCGCCCCUCCCCUCCACCCCGACGAUGCCCCUGUUCCCGCACGUUCUGGACCUGCUGGCCCCUCUGGACAGCGGCAGCAGGGCCCUCCCCGGCACCGAGGGCCUGGACGACUUCUCCGACGGGGACGUCCUCGGCCCUGAGCUGGACUCCCUUCUGGACUCCCUGUCUCUGGUCCAGGGGGGCCUGCCUGGCAGCGCCGUGCCCAGCGAGCUGCCCCAGCUGAUACCCGUGUUCCCGGGAGGGACCCCGCUGCUGCCACCUGUGGUGGGCGGGUCCAUCCCCGUCUCCAGCCCCCUGCCCCCUGCCUCCUUUGGCCUCGUCAUGGACCCCUCCAAGAAGCUGGCCGCCUCUGUGCUGGACGCCCUCGACCCCCCUGGCUCCGCACUGGACUCCCUGGACCUGCUGCCGUACUCAGAGACCCGGCUGGACGCCUUGGACAGCUUUGGGUCAACCCGGGGCUCCCUGGACAAGACCAGCGCCUUCCUGGGUUUCUCCGGGUUAGAAAUACGGAGGACCGGUCCUCGGAGGACGCUCCGCACCCCCCAGACCAGGGCGGUGACCCCUGUGUCUCCUCCUCGCCCAGAGGACACCAACGCACAGGACCACCGUCCCCCAGGCGGCUCUCAGAAACCAGCGCCUUCGCCGGAGCCCCCCAUGCCCAACACCGCCCUGCUCAUCAAGAACCCGCUGGCUGCCACCCACGAGUUCAAGCAGGCCUGCCAGCUCUGCUACCCCAAAACAGGCCCCAGGGCAGGCGACUACACCUACCGGGAGGGCCUGGAGCACAAGUGCAAGCGCGACACCCUGCUGGGCCGGCUGCGGAGCGCCGAGGACCAGACCUGGAAGCGGAUCCGGCCCCGGCCCACCAAGACCAGCUUCGUGGGCUCCUACUACCUGUGCAAAGACAUGAUUAACAAGCAGGACUGUAAGUACGGGGAUAACUGCACCUUCGCCUACCAUCAGGAGGAGAUCGACGUGUGGACCGAGGAGCGGAAGGGCACCCUCAACCGAGACCUGCUCUUUGACCCGCUGGGGGGCGUCAAGCGCGGCAGCCUCACCAUCGCCAAGCUCCUCAAGGAGCACCAGGGCAUCUUCACGUUCCUCUGCGAGAUCUGCUUUGACAGUAAACCCCGGAUCAUCAGCAAAGGCACGAAGGACUCGCCGUCGGUCUGCUCCAACCUGGCUGCCAAGCACAGCUUCUACAACAACAAGUGCCUGGUGCACAUCGUCCGCUCCGCCUCCCUCAAGUACUCCAAGAUCCGCCAGUUCCAGGAGCACUUCCAGUUCGACGUGUGCCGCCACGAGGUGCGCUACGGCUGCCUGCGGGAGGACAGCUGCCACUUCGCCCACAGCUUCAUCGAGCUCAAAGUCUGGCUGCUGCAGCAGUACUCAGGCAUGACCCACGAAGACAUCGUCCAGGAGUCCAAGAAAUACUGGCAGCAGAUGGAGGCCCACGCAGGGAAGGCCAGCAGCAGCUUGGGUGCCCCGCGGACGCACGGGCCCAGCACCUUUGACCUGCAGAUGAAGUUCGUGUGCGGCCAGUGCUGGAGGAACGGGCAGGUGGUGGAGCCCGACAAAGACCUCAAGUACUGCAGCGCCAAGGCCCAGCACUGCUGGACCAAGGAGCGACGGGUCCUUCUCGUGAUGUCCAAGGCCAAGAGAAAGUGGGUGUCGGUGAGGCCACUUCCAUCCAUCCGCAACUUCCCGCAGCAAUACGAUCUCUGCAUCCAUGCGCAGAACGGCCGUAAGUGCCAGUACGUGGGGAACUGCUCCUUCGCGCACAGCCCCGAGGAGAGGGACAUGUGGACAUUCAUGAAGGAGAACAAGAUCCUGGACAUGCAGCAGACCUACGACAUGUGGCUGAAGAAACACAACCCCGGGAAGCCGGGGGAAGGGACCCCAAUCAGUUCCCGGGAGGGGGAGAAGCAGAUCCAGAUGCCCACCGACUACGCCGACAUCAUGAUGGGCUACCACUGCUGGCUCUGCGGCAAGAACAGCAACAGCAAGAAGCAGUGGCAGCAGCACAUCCAGUCGGAGAAGCACAAGGAGAAGGUGUUCACGUCCGACAGUGAUGCCAGCGGCUGGGCCUACCGCUUCCCCAUGGGCGAGUUCCGGCUGUGCGACAGGCUCCAGAAGGGCAAGGCCUGCCCCGACGGGGACAAGUGCCGCUGCGCCCAUGGGCAGGAGGAGCUCAACGAGUGGCUGGACCGGCGCGAGGUGCUGAAGCAGAAGCUGGCCAAGGCCCGCAAGGACAUGCUUCUGUGCCCCCGGGACGACGACUUCGGCAAAUACAACUUCCUGCUGCAAGAGGAUGGCAACACUGCUGGUGCCACCCCGGAAGCUCCUGCUACUGCCGCUGUCACUGGGGAAUAGGACCCCAUCUUGGUCGCGGGUGAAGUCCUGGGGUCAGGGGUGGGGGUGGGGACAGAGGGCCUGGUAGGAGGGCCAGAGCAGGCCAGGCUGGGGGUGGGGGCCGCCCUCAGCAGGCAGCCCCUGGCCCCCGACGCCUCACCCAUGCCACCUGCCCCCACUACCCAGUGCGCAAGCCCAGUGCACGUGCUGCGGCCACAGGCCGUCCCAGGGCCCUCAUCCCGCGGAAACCCUGGGCAGGGCCUCUCCCACUCCCAACCCUCCUGGGUGGGGAGAGAGGGGUCUGGCCGACCCCUCCAGCUUCAGCUACAGCUUUAACUUCCGUCUGCUCCUGAAGGGGGCCCACAGCUCAGGGCCGAAGAGCCUGGGUUCCCCACUUGAAUCUGCAGCAGGAGGGUCCUUCUCCCAAACCCACCUUCAUUCCACCCCCGCCUCUCUGGGGGCAGAUCAGGACACAACAGAGGGCAGGAAGCCCCACUUAGCUUUAACGCGCAGCCCCAGGGUGGGGCUGACACACUGUACUGGCCACUCGCCCUCUGGGGCCUCCGCGUCCCCUCCGGUUGGAAGAAUGGGAGGGGCCGGGCCAGUGAUCUCUGGAGUCCGGCUCUCCAGGGAGGCUGCCAGCCCAGCCCCUCUCGCUCCUGAGCCAUUGAAUGUAGAUUGUAGAUCCUCAGAGCCUUUGGCGAUGGCCCGGCCCAAACCCCCAUUUUGCAGAUGGGAAAACUGAGGCCCGAAAGAGAGGAGUCAGUUGUCUCUCUGCCCAGGGUCUCCCUCCCAGGGCGUGGGGUAGAGCUGGGGUGCAGACUGGUCAGAAGACUCAGGGCUUGUCACUAGCUGGAGCUCCCAGGCUCUCGGCAGGAGUGUGGCGAGCAGCCUCGGACUCCCCUGCGCAGCUGGGGUCCCGGGCAGCCCCGCCCGGGGCCUGGGGAAAGGGGGGCUCAGGGCGCUAGUCUUGUCAGCAGUGUGGAGGGGAAGUCUCCCCUGAGAACGGCUGCGGGGAGUGUGGCGGCCAGGAUGACUUGCCCACACGGCUCAGGGACGGGUGGUCAGGAGAGGUGGGAAUGGGCAGGGCACCCGUGGGCUCAGGUUCUGCAUCAGGUAUGGGGUGAGGGGGAGGUGGAGAGGAGGGAGACGACUCUGGGCACCACGGGCCACUCGAGGACCAGACGUAACCCCUCUUUCUUGGGGACCCGGCAUGGUCCUCUCCCCCUUCUCCCCUAGACCAAGAAAUACAGUUAUGACCACCUGUCCCGGCCCCUCCCCCCUGCUCCCCAGCCCUGCCAGCUGCCUAGGACCCCAACUGCCCCCCAAGCCCCUCUCUUGUCUCCCUCGUCUAAUGUCUGUGUGCACCCCUUCCUCUCCAUCCCACCCCCUGUGGGCAGAUCCAGCCUCCCCUGGUUCCCUAGACAUUCCAGAAUGCCCCACACCAUUGGCACAAGAAGUGGGGCCCCCCCGAAAGGAACCAGGACCCAGGCUGGAGUCGGGGGUGAGACGGAGAGGGCAGAGGGCCCUGUAUUUCCCCUCGAGCAAGGACUGACAGGAUAGUGUGCGGAUGUGAUGACGGGCAUCCGGGCCGCCCCCCGCCCAGCCCAGCCCUUCCCCAGUAACGCGGCAUGCACCCCUUCCUCCCCGCCCCUCCCCCCCAGCUGGCCAGCACUGCGGAGUGCCGGUGCUCGUGGAGCUGGAGGGGAGGGGAGACCACACCCAAGGUGGGGGCGUGGCCAUGAGUGUCAAUGACAUUUGUUUUCCCUGAUUCGUGGUGUUGCAGUCUGUUGUCACCAGCCUUGUUUUUAGUGUGUAUAUAUGUCGCCCCUGUGAUACAUAUAUACACAGGUAUUAAAUAUAUCGCUCUAUAUAAUAUUAUAUAUGUGUGUGGUAUCCAACGAAUCACUUCUAACGAGGGCUAAAGAUAAAGAACUUGGUCAGAAAAAUGCAGCCAUCCUGAUGUAAUUUGGGAAGGUUUUCAGGGUCAUCGGGCCAUCUUCGAGGAUUCAGGGACUAGAGCCGGGGUCAGAGGCGACUGGGGCAGAAGCCGCCCUGCCCGGGCCCGGCUCUGCAGGGCGGCCUCCGGCCCAGCGCCAGCAAGGGGAGCUCGAGAACGGAAAAUGAUUGGUGUUUGUCUCCCCACCCCAGGGAACAGGAUUGGAGUCCAGAUUUUUCUUCUUCCACCCGUUACCCUUCCAGGGGCCCUUGGGAUCUGGGCCUUCCCGGCCCGGCCCGAGCCGCAUCCCUGAGCGAGAGGCAGGAAGAGGGUGGGGAGAGGGAGACAGGAGUAGACUCAGAGUGGGGAGGGGACUGUUUCGGUUGUGACCCUGACUGGGAGGGUUGAACCAGGAGCCUGUGCCCACCGCCAUCAGGCAGGGUCAAGACGUCAUGGCGAACAUGGUGACAAGGGACAGGCACCCUUGAUUUGAGUGUCCCUUUGGGUCAGGCAAGGAGGGAUGCUGCAUUUCUCAGCUGGGCAGGAAUCAAUUUAGUGGUCCUUUUAAAAUGUCUGUGUAUAAAAAUUUAAGAAUACCACACUUUAAUAUUAAAUAUUCAUAAGGUCUAGUAUCUUGAUAAUAAUGUAGAUGUUUUAAUAACAAUUUUUGUCCUUCUUAAAAUAAAAUGAAAGAAACUUGC